AUGAAUGAAUUGACAGGCUAUUUACCAAAGGCACCUGUAGCAGUGAAUCAUCUAAAGAUUCCCCAAGGUGUAAAAUUAGCUGAUCCGACCUUCAACCAACCAGCGCCUAUUGAUGUGCUAAUCGGAGCCGAUAUCUUCUGGGAUAUUCUAGGUGACGAGCAACAUUCACUAGGCGUGAAUAAUCCAAAGCUUCGAAAUUCGCUUUUGGGUUGGUUGAUAUCAGGUCCAGUAGGACGUAACGACCCUCAAAAGGUUGCUCAUUGUAAUCAUGCUUCGAUUUCAUCACAAGAAAAUGAAAAUAUCGAAAGGAUGAUUACAAAAUUUUGGGAUUUGGAAGAUAUUCCCAGAGAUAGGUUACUAGAUACCAAUGAUAGGAUUUGCGAAAAUCACUUUAUCACCCAUACCAAAAGAGACGAAACAGGUAGGUUCUCAGUAAAAUUGCCGCUAAAGGAAACUCCUAACUGUUUGGGUGAUAGUUUUCAUUUAGCCAAAAAACGGCUUCUUAAUUUAGAAAGAAAGUUUAAACGAAAUCCAGUACUAAAACUUGAUUAUACAAAAUUCAUAAAUGAAUAUUCUCAAUUAAAGCAUCUUUCUCCAUCCAAGCCUCAUAAUACCGACUAUAGCUAUUAUCUUUGUCACCAUGCCGUUCUUAAACACGACAGCGAAUCGACAAAGCUUCGUGUUGUUUUCGAUGGGUCCGCUCCCUCGUCGUCAGGCUACUCACUCAAUAACAUACUGAUGGUGGGACCUAAUGUACAGGACUCUCUUUUCUCCAUACUCCUUCGUGCCAGGCAGUACAAAUAUCUGCUAACGGGUGACGUAGAAAAGAUGUACCGUCAGGUCCUUGUCCACAAAGAAGACCGUUGCCUGCAGCGCAUCUUAUGGAGAGAAUCAGAGUCCAAUCCCAUCAAGGCGUAUGACUUGAAUACUCUUACUUACGGAACUGCAAGUGCGAGUUAUUUGAGUACGCGGUGCUUAUGGCAGUUGGGUGAGGAGCAGGCCGAUGAGCUCAUCAAGACUAUAAUACAAAAGGAUUUUUAUGUAGAUGACCUCAUCACUGGAGCUGAUAGCGAGGUCCAGCUGCAAUACAUUCAACGUGUUGUAACAAAAGCCCUUCAGGCUGGAUGUUUUAAUUUACGAAAAUUUAAAACAAACGUUCCGUCAUUAUUUGACAGCUUAGAAAUAAAUGAUAAUGAUGCAUUAACAAUUAGCGAGUCUUCAAGUACAUUAGGUCUAGGAUGGGCCCCAUCAACUGACACUUUAAAUUUUCCUUUAAAGGGAUAUACUGAUAGCAAAGAUGAUGUAGUGACAAAACGUAUCAUUUUGUCUUACUCGUUUAGAAUAUUUGACCCACUAGGCCUCUUGAGCCCCGUUGUAAUACGUCCAAAAAUAAUGUUGCAGGGGCUGUGGAAGGCAAAACUCGACUGGGAUGAUCCAGUACCAGACUCGAUAAGGGCUGAAUGGAUUAAUUUCUCAAGUAACUUGAAUUGCAUAACUAAUUUACAAAUACCUAGAUUAGUAUUGGGUGACUCACCAACAAACAUAGAGCUGCACGCGUUCAGUGACGCCUCACAGCACGCGUAUGGCGCCUGUAUAUACAUGAAGUCAACAAACUCUAAUAAUUAUGUCACUGUCCGCUUAUUAUGUGCGAAAUCAAAGGUAGCACCUCUUAAACCUACCACCAUACCACGAUUGGAGUUAUGCGCGGCUUUGCUUGCUGCUAGGCUAUGUAAAUCUGUAACAGAUUCUAUUAGAUAUAGCCCAUCACGCAUAGUUCACUGGUGCGAUUCAACCGUGGUACUGGGCUGGAUUAGAAAUGACUUGUCUAAAUUAAAGAUUUUCGUUGCUAAUCGUAUCUCUGUGGUACUGGGCUGGAUUAGAAAUGACUUGUCUAAAUUAAAGAUUUUCGUUGCUAAUCGUAUCUCUGAAAUUACAGAAUUAACAAAUGCCGCAUCGUGGCGUUACGUGCCGACUGCAUUUAAUCCUGCAGAUCUUAUAUCUCGAGGAGUAGAUGCUAGAGACUUGAUAUCCUCUAGCCUAUGGUGGUUCGGGCCCAAUUUCAUAAGUAAAUCCGAGGGGCAUCGUACGGCGUGCGUUGACACGUCUAUGCCCGCUACCAAGUACAGAAGAAUUGAAAGGUUGAAAGAAGAUAUUCUUUCAACGGCGUGGAAGAUGUUCAGGCGCAUGGCGCCUUCUUAA